AUGGAAGAUUUUCUUUCAGAUCCUUCGUUAACAGAUAACUCCUCAUUUAUAAUCUAUCCAAGAAAAGAAGUUUACUAUGAUUUUCAUGAUACUACAAAUUAUCAAGAUAAUUUUUGGUUUAGUCUCCCAUCAGAUUUACGAAUACUUGAGAAUAUGUCCGUUAUAGAUUAUCUACGACAAUUUGCACAUCUUUCAUCUAGAAAAUAUGAUUUAUAUAGACGUAUAUAUAAUCACUGGUGUCAAGGCUCUAAACUUUCUAUUGAUAAAUUAAAUAAUACAUUUGAAGAUAUUGUACCAGUACAAGUUCCAAAUAAUUGUUAUACAUUAGUAUUUAGUCUAAUUGGAUUACAAGUUAUAGAUUAUCAAUAUAUUGAUUUUGAAACAUUCUGUUGUAUAUGUAUUGCUGCAGAACGUCUUGUAUUCUAUAAAAUUAUGAAGGAUUCAAAUAUAUCUAUACCAUCAAAGGAUAUUUUAGAAAUGAUAGAAUUUCAACGGUUACAAUGUCAAUAUACACAACUUAAUCUAAAUCAGAAUAUUAAACAUUUUCUUGAUUUAAUACUUCUUUAA